UGAAAAUUUAAUUGGUUCAAUCGGUGCAUAAGCCUUAGGUGCUGCUUUAGCAAAUUGCAAUAAUCUCUCAAAUUUGACACUUGAUCUUUCAUCCAAUGAAAUUGGUGCAACGGGUGCAUCAGCAUUAGGUUCUGCUUUAGCAAAAUGCACUAUUCUCUCAAAUUUGACUCUUAAUCUUUUUAAAAAUUAAAUUGGUGCAAUAGGUGCAUAAUGCUUAGGUUCUGCUUUAGCAAAUUGCACUAAUCUCUCAAAUUUGACACUUGAUCUUUGUUGCAAUAAAAUAGGUACACUCGGUGCAUCAGCCUUAUUUUCUGCUUUAGCUAAUUGCACUAAUCUCUCAAAUUUAAAACUUGAUCUUUAUAAAAAUUAAAUUGGUGAUUAAGCUCUAUCAGGCUUAGGUUCUGCUUUAGCAAAUUACAUUAAUCUUUCAAAUUUAACACUUAAUCUCGAAUCCAAUGAAAUUGGUGCAAUUGGCGCAUCAUUCUUAGGCUCUGCUUUAGCAAAUUGCACUUAUCUCUCAAAUUUGACACUUAAUCUUUAUUGUAAUAAAAUUGGUGCAAUGGGCGCAACAGAUUUAGGUUCUUCUUUAGCAAAUUGCAUUAAACUCUCAAAUUUGGCACUUGGUCUACGCGAAAAUUAAAUAGGUGCAAUAGGUGAAUCAGGCUUAGUUUCUGCUUUAGUAAAUUGCACUAAUCUCUAAAACUUGAAACUUGAUUUUAGUGAAAAUUAAAUUGAUGAUUAAGGUUUAUCAUGCUUUGGUUCUGAUUUAGCAAAUUGCACUAAUCUCUAAUAUUUGACACUUGAUCUUCGUUUCAAUGAAAUUGGUUCAAUUGGUGCAUCAGGAUUAGGUUCUGCUUUAACAAAUUGCAUUAAUCUCUCAAACUUUCAAUAAAAUUGGUUCGAUAGGUGCAUCAAGCUUAUGUUCUGGUUUAGCAAAUUGCGCUAAUCUAUCAAAUUUGACACUUAGUCUUGA